AUGUCGCUUCCAUUCUUUGGCGGUAGUCAAUCCGCUCGCGCACAGGAGAAAGCUCCGAGCAAGAGCAAGUCGAUGUUCAAGCUGACCAAGCUGAACAAGGCUCUGGGCGGACUGCUGUGUCUCAGCUUGGCGAGGAAAGGAGCCUUGUGUUGCAAUUUGACCUGCUCCUGCUUCAACGACGUGGAGAGCGCAGAGGCUGCCAAAGCCAAGGAAAGGAGGUGAGUGUAUGCGCUCCCUGUGCUCGCCUCCGGAGAUUUUUCUGAUUCGCCUCGCUAAACUCUUCAUCCGCGUCGUGCUUCCAGCGCAUCUCACGAAGCAUCUGCAGCGCGAUGGCAGUAUCGCUCUCAGAAAGCAGAGCAUCAAGCCGCUCGAAGAGCAGCCAAGGACGAGAGGCGCGAGUCCAGGCUGGAUGCAAAGGCCGAGGCGAGAGCUUCCAAAAGGGCUCAUCUGGCAGAGAAAAGGAGCGCUCGAAGAGAAGCUUCCAAGGCCAAGCACGAAGACAAAAAGGCAGCGGCACGUGAAGCGCAACGUGAGAAGAUCGAGAGAAGACGCAGCAGCAGGGGAAGGGCCGGAUCGGCUGACGCGAUCAAUGCUCCUGCCAUGUCCAUUGCUGACACACCGGUAUCAUCUACGACGACUUCUGCGCCUUACGCUAUCCCUUUGGACUCCAACCCGACGACCACUGCCGCCUCUUCCAUCUGGCCUACGAUGCCGGUGCCCGUGCUGACGCAACACACUGUCGCGACUACCGCUCCCGUGUCUGCCCCUGUUGAAACGGUCGCUCCAACGCCGACCCUUUCCCAUCCAUCCGCUUCGACUGCCAGCAACAACGUAGCACAAGCUGCGGGGGAAUCAUCGCGUCCAUCAAAGCACGAAGCUCGCAAAGCAGCCAAGGAGCGCAAAGAGCGCCGAUACGAGAAGAAGCAAGAAGUCAAAUCUCAUCGUCGAGAAGAGAGAAGAGAAGAAAAGGUUCAAAAGAGGUUGGAUAGGAAGGAAAAGAGGAGGCAGAAGGGUAGGGGGAGCGCUUCGAGCUACGUGCUCGGUGCGGAUGGACAAGCUUCUACUGGAUAUACUGAACAUGGUGAUGAGACCUCGACAUCUCCUUCCACUCCUACUUCUCCCGCUCCGCCUUACCCGAGUCAGCCGAUGACACACUCCACUUCUGUGGCACCCGCCAUCGUCAGCGAGGAGCCGACGCGAACCGCACAGGACUCGCAAGCCUCUGAUGCUCAUGUGCGCGAGCGACCGUAG